GUAGGGGAUUCCCCUAAGCAUGCACGUUUAAUGUUUUAUUAAAAAUAAGUUUUUAAAGUGGGGUGAGUAUUUAUUUAUAUCUGGAUUUGUAUAGUCUACAAUGGGAAAAUCAAGCAAACCAUCGAGCAAAUCGGUUUCAGCAUUUGCUGUUUAUUCAGCCGAAGCAGCAACCACACAGAAACUAAAGAGAGAAAGAGCUGGUAGUUCCCCUUCCCUCCAAGAGAAUAUGACACCUGCUGUUUAUCAUCCACUCAAUGAUGACAAAGCUAAACCUUCUUCUUCUUUCAUCAAAAGUUUUUCUAACAAAGCUGCGUUUUCUCUUCGUCGAGCUUCUUCCAAGAGAAAGGCAAAACAUAAGAAGUUACUUCAAGGAGUGACAGGCACAUACCAACAAUGGGAACCUUCAUGCAUUCCAUCAACUACAAACACUAGAAGCCCGUUGGUCAAUUUUGCCCCAAAGCCAGUUAAGUUCGGAACACGACAACAUGUUAAAAAAUCAACAACAGCGAUUUCUUCGCCCAAACCAAAGGAAUCUACAACAAACAUAAAUAAUAAUGAGAUCAUGAAGUUUAACAGAGCAGCAAUUCUCUAUAAAGAAGAUGCCAGCAUUGAGUUAUCGACGAGUCAAAGCUUGAAUAGUUGUGAAGAUGACGACCAACCUUCCACACCAGAUCAACGAAUCAAAAACAGCGAGAGCUUUGCAGCUGACCACUUGCUGGCAGUAGAGAGCAAACCACCACCAAAGAAAAAGUUCCGUGUUGAAGACGAAUCAAUUUGUUCCGAGAAUAAAAGUCAAAUAAAGAAACGGAAGGGAAAUUUUACAAACAAAGCAAAUAUAUCAACUGGUUCGGUCACCACAAUCUCACAAAAAGCCCAAGAUAUUCCGAAGAUGCCGUUCCCUGUUGGUGAUAGUGAGAAUGAUGGGAAGGAGUUGUUUGAAUGGUUGAUUCAUCCUUACACAAGCCACAAGUUCUUCAAGGACAUCUGGGAGUCGCGCCCACUCCUUGUGCUUCGACAUUGUCCUCGAUAUGCUGAUGGUUUGUUCAGCACCAAGGAGAUGAAUCGAAUAUUAAACGAAUGUAACGUCCGAUAUUCCGUUAACUUGGAUGUCACUACUUACCAGAAUGGAAGAAGGGAAACUCAUAAUAUUGAUGGGAGAGCUUACGCUCCUGUUGUGUGGGACUAUUUUAAGAAUGGAUGUUCGAUUCGGUUGAAAAACCCUCAAGCGUUUUCGAAACCCGUGUGGAGAUUAUGUGCGACUCUACAAGAGUUCUUCAAGUGUAUGGUUGGGGCCAACACGUACCUCACCCCACCAGGAACGCAAGGGUUCGCUCCACAUUAUGAUGACAUUGAAGCGUUUGUGUUACAACUUGAAGGGAAGAAGGAAUGGACGUUGUAUUCGCCUCGUAGCGGGAAGGAAACCUUACCCAGAUAUUCAAGUGGGAACUUCACUGCAGACGAGAUAGGAGAUGAGAUCUUCACCCAAACACUGGAGGCGGGAAACCUUCUAUAUUUUCCACGAGGAUACAUCCAUCAAGCGAAGGCGUUACCCGACACUCACUCAUUGCAUGUAACAAUAUCCAUGUAUCAGAGGAAUUCAUGGGGGGACUUGCUGGAAAAGUUACUACCCACCACGCUACAGAACGCUAUAAUUGAUGACGUCGAGUUUAGAAAGGGACUUCCCCUGGAUUAUCUUAGUUUGUUUGGGGAACAAAACUGUGACAAGCAUCCAGAUAGAAGAAGAGCCUUCAUGGGGAAGAUCAGUGAUUUGUUCCGGAGGUUAGCUGAUAAGGUUGAUAUAGAUGCUGCCGCCGAUGAACAUGGAAUCAACUUUCUACACGAUGCUAUGCCUCCUUAUAUGACGCAAGAUGAAAAGUCUCGAUCAAUUCAUGGCUGUGACGUAGGCAUGACGUCACCGGGAACCCCCACCCACUAUAUAUGCGACAUCGAUGAAAAAACUCGGAUUCGCGUUUUACGGAAGAACGCGCUUCGUAUUGUUGCGUCACAGAACGACACGAACGACAAUUCGGUUGUCCAAGUUUUCCAUUGUGUGCAAAAUCCAAGAGUUUAUCAUCAAGAAGAAAAGAAAACUUUUGAAAUUCUUCGACAGUUUGCCCCUGCUCUAGAAUUCCUUAUUCAUAAAUAUCCUUGUUACGUCACAGUGGGUAGUCUUCCACUUGAUUCAAACGAAGACAAGGUCAACUUAGCGAUUUCGCUUUUCGAGAAAGGAAUUUUGGUGACGGAGGAAAAAAUAAAAAUGCUGAGUAAUCCCUGACUCUCUAGCGUCACGGUGCUGAUCUUUAUCUUUGAUGACGUCAUCAUGAAAUGUAAAAACCGCGCCAGUUGCAUGACGUCAUUUGCACCAUUAUGUCAAUUCUUUGUUCAUCAUAAUCUCUCCUGUUGUUCGCUGUCAGUUGCAUCGGCUGCCAUUAUUUGAAUAAUUUCGAUUUACGGCUAAUUGUGACGUAAUAAACCCUUCUAUCGUCAAUUCUCGAACCUCACGAUCUACA